ACAAUAACUUGCUUUUUGGCAUUGAAAUAUUUGCCAUCUUUGUCUCUUCGUUUGAUGACAAUUAUACAAAUGUAUAUAUGUAAUGAAUGUUUACGCUAUAAAACCUCUUUUUAUUGUAGCUAAUUUGACACUGUGGUUAGAUAAUGCCUUCCUUUGUACACUGAAAAAAGUCUAACAUUGCUGUUAUUCGUUUAAUGUGUAUUUUGUCAUUGAAACAGGUUAAAAUUAUUGUUUUUUUCAUUUAAACUAAACGUUUUAAUUUAUAUUUAUGGUUGAAUCCAUUUUUUUUACAUGGAUACAAUUUGAUUUGCAGCGGGACAUUAAACUGAAUUUAUUCAUUUGAUUAAAGCAAUUUUAUUAAAUUAAGCAUGGUUUGCACAUGCGCAUUGCUGAGUUGGAGUUCCCGCUCUCUGACCACCUGACCUGUUUAUUUAAAGAAUUUAAAAAAAAAAACGUCCGUUACAGAACUGUGUGUUAAGUCAGUGGCGGCCGCGGUAACUUACACUUCAACAGACCCCUCCAGGCUGGCUGAAAGACACAGAAGAACUAGAGUACCACUGAUACUAAGAAGCUUCAGGGAAGCUAGUCAGUUGUUCCUGCUGUGCAAAUUAUUUGGAAGCUCCUGCCAGUGAUCAUUGCUCGUGUUAUCUGUACAUGUGGAAAUGUAAAGACUGUGACCAUUCAUAUUCAAGAAGAUCUGAACUUUUGAAACACUAUAAACUUGAUCAUCGGCAUUAUGGACGGGGCCGAGCUUACCCCUGUACUUACAAGAAUUGCCCAUGCACAUGCAAGACAUGGAAAGCUCUGCUGACCCAUCUAAGCAAAUACCAUCCUGCACAACAAUCCUCACAGAAAGAUAGCUUUUCACAAUUCUUCAAGUGCCACAUUUGCGACAACAAUCUACUUUCUACUGAGACGGACUAUUUUCGACACAUUGGGAAACAUUUGAAAAAUCAUGAAUCUGUCAGUUGUAUGUUUGCUGAUUGCUCAUACAAAACCAAUCUAUAUGGAGCUUUCAAUACUCACAAAUGGAGAAAACACACCCCCCAUACAAUUAAUGAUUUAAAGCCUGGAAUUGUUGAUGGACCUGUUGAUAGUCCUGCUGUUGUAGAAUCAUUUGCAAUAAGCAGUACAGAGUUGUCAGAUGCUGAUUUACUAUCUGAAGAACUUCCUGAUGAAGAAUCAACAGAUUUGACAAAUGUUAUUGAAUUAAAAUUAGCCUCAGUCUUACUUAAGUUAGAAAAUGCUUUUCUGGUGCCAAGUGCAGCUGUGAAUGAACUACUUGAAGAGUUGCAAUAUUUAAUUGGUAAUGUCUCUGUGCCGGUCACCCAAAAGACUAUAAUCCACUUCUUAAAGGAUCACAAUUGCCAGAUUGAUGAAUCAGUUGUGAAAGAGUUGGCCACUGUACUUUGCACUUCAAAUCCCAUUCAAGCUGCAAUUGGAAACCAUGGUCCCCUGUCAACCACUUGGAAACGGAAGACAUACUAUAGAAAAAACUUCAGUGUUGUGAAACCAGUUGAAUAUGUAUUAGACCGAAAGAAUGGAAAGUCUUUUCAGUAUGUCCCUAUACUAAAAUCUUUGCAGCAACUUCUAAAUUGUGAACCUAUACUAAAUAAGGCUACAAAUUUGAAAGAAAAACAUCAACCAGGGGAUGGUGAUAGACAGGUAUACACAUCAUUUUGGGAUGGACUUUUCUUUAAAAGAAAUGCUAUUCUCUCAAAAGAGUGUGCAAUUUCAUUGAUUUUGUACGUUGACGAUUUUGAAAUAUGCAAUCCCCUUGGUACAUCACGUAAAAAACACAAAAUAUGUGCCUUGUAUUGGAUUUUAGGCAAUCUGCCACCUGGUUUUCAGUCAUUGUUGUCCUCUAUCCAUUUGGCUGCAUUGAUAAAUAGCAAUGAUGUCAAGGUUUAUGGUUAUGACAAAGUUUUAGAGCCUUUAACUAGUGAUCUCAUAACAUUAGAACAAAAUGGGAUUUUUGUGAGUAAGUUGGGGAAAACUUUGAAGGGCACAGUGCAGUGUGUGGUUGCCGAUAACCUUGGAGCACACAGUAUUGCUGGUUUUGUAGAAAGUUUUUCUGGCAGAUAUGUUUGCAGAUUUUGUACUGCAGACAGGUUCGAUUUUCAGACCAAGGACGUUGGAGCUGGAGGUUUCUCGCCGAGAACUGAAGAAAUUCACACAAGUCAUCUUAAAACCCUUGAGGAAAAUUCUUUGUCCAACUGUUAUGGUGUUACGAGGAAAUGUGUUUUGUCAGAAAAACUUUCCCAUUUCAAUGUUACUACUGGUUUUCCUCCAGACAUUGCCCAUGAUUUAUUUGAGGGAAUAGUUCCCGUUGAAAUAUCUCUUUGUCUGACUGUAUUCAUUUCCAAAAACUAUUUUACUUUGGCCACUCUGAACAAGGCAAUAGAAGAUUUUCCCUUUAAAUGGACUGAUAAAACAAAUCGCCCACAUCCUGUUCCUCUGACCUAUUCAUCCAGGAGAACAAUUGGUGGAAACGCACACGAAAACUGGAGUUUAAUAAGAUUUCUUCCACUACUACUUGGACAGAAAGUUCCCACUGAUGAACCAGCCUGGCAUCUCCUUGCUGAUUUAAAAGACAUUGUGGAGCUUGUUGUUUCUCCAGUUCAAACUAAAGAAUCAAUUGGAUAUUUGAACUUUAAGAUUUCUGAGCACAGAGUUAGAUUUAAAGAGCUUUUCCCAGAGACAAAUCUUCUGCCUAAACACCAUUUCCUGGAGCAUUAUCCUCAGUUAAUCUGUGAGUUUGGACCGUUAGUUGCACUAUGGACCAUGCGUUUCGAAGCGAAGCACAGCUUCUUCAAAAGAGUUGUGCGCCAUACAACGUGCUUCAAAAAUGUGCUCAUGUCCUUAGCAGAAAGACAUCAGUUUCUCAUGGCACAUCACCUUUACAUGUGCAACUUUCCUAAAUCCCCCCUGGAAGUAGCAAAUGUUUCAACUCUUCCCAUAGACGUUUUGAAAGACGACAUUGCAUUUGCUAUUAAACGGAGGCACCCAGACUUGGAUUGUGUGUGCUUGGCUAAAAAUGCAACGUAUAGUGGCCUUAACUACAGGAAUGGAAUGAUACUUGCACAUGGCUCAUUGGCAGGGAUGCCGGAAUUUACUGAAAUAAUCCAGAUGAUUGUUGUCAAGGAUAAGCUGCUUUUUAUUGUCAGAAAGCUGAGUGCGUGGUACAGGGAACAUUACAGAGCAUAUGAACUGAAAAUGUGUCCUACGAAGGAGGUGGAACUUCUUGACCGAAACGAACUGACAGAUCCAUAUCCAUUGGCUGACUACACAGUUGGGGGGAUGCGGCUGAUUACUCUCAAAAGAUACAUACAUGUUUAAGGGCACCAUGGCAGAUAUUGCAACUGUUCGAUUGCUGAUCAUCUUGAACGAAGACAACAGUGUAAGAAUGGAGCUACGCAAUGGGAUUCCCAACUCAGUGGAGGAACUUAUCGAAGAGGUCAAGAAUGCAUGUGGAUUAGGAGGACACAUAAGGCUACAGUACAAGGACACUGAUUUUGGGAACUUAUUUGUGAAUCUGACCUCUACAACUGUAAUUAAGGAUCUCUCAGUUAUCAAAGUUGUCCAAUUAGACCCUGAUACCACAACUAUUGUCUUGUACCCAGUUGAUCCCACAAUAAGUAGCAUCCCUUCAGGUGGACAGGACAGCGAAGAUUCCUCCCCAGGAUCUGCACAUAUAGAUGACACCAUAAUUCUUAGCAGCUGUUCCUCAGAAUCAUUAAGAACACAGCAGUGGCCAAAAGUGUUCCCAAUUCCACUCUUCUCCUAUGACACAGAAUGUCAACUACAGAGGGGAAAUGAGGAGUACACAAGAAGCAAAUCUAGGUUGACACCUUGCUCAAAAAUGCUGUCUGACAUACUGGAGAAAGUGGCUGAAAAAGUCUACACAUACAAAGCAUACCCUACAGAUGCUGACUUCAGCGAUGUUGCUGAGGCACUGACAAGGAAACACCCCUGCCUGAGAGAAUCAGGGUCUUUCAAUGAGAGCUAUGGAUGGAAACAAAGGCUCAAGGUAAAAAUGUCCAACUACCGGACUCUACUUAGGGCACAUGGAACAGCUGCAGAGCUCACUGUGAAUUCUUUGAAAUCCAAGUCUCCAGGGGAGGCCUACCCAGCUAAGAAUUUGAAGAGACCUAGACGGGCUGAGGUCAACCAUUUUCCACCCUUGCCAAGUGGUGAGACUCCAGAAAGCCUUGAACAAGAAAGGAUUUCCCUUCUGGCAGAACUACAACAAAGAAACAACAGACAAGCAAUAAAAGAAAAGAUGGCAAAGACGUUUGGUUACCGGAGACAAGAAAUUGUGCAUAAGAAGCCGAGCAUUGAAGACGUCUUUGAGAGAUGGCCUGCACUUUUUCAGAUGGAAGAGAUCAAUGCAGAGUUCAUACGAAUCACUACAGUUCCCUUGGAGACAAAGUUCUUGGCGCAGUUGGAUAAGCACUCCACCAAAUUGUUGGAGGUCAUCAGGAGCAAGGGAGGAGUUGUUAAAGAGAAGACCUCCAGGACCUUGCAAGUUUUAGAUGAGCCUGUGGACAUCAGCAUCAGAAGAGAAUGCAUCCUCAAAUCUCUGAUGAUCUACCUUGGUGAACCUGUUGAGCACCUUUUCAAAGAAUACCAGGAUAAUGAGGUUGAAGAACUGGAGCAGACAACCAUGGCCAUCUUUAUCACUGGGAAAGAGGAUCCUCUCCAUCCACCUAAAGACAUUAAAAUUGUUGUAGAAGGAAAAGAGGUCCUCAACGAGUUGCCAUCGGUUGCAACCGCUUUUGCCAUGGUUUUUGGGCUCAUAUAUACACUAAACCUAAAAUAUCCAAAAAGGCUACAGUUCACCUUUGAAUUUGUACAAAAGGUCCUGAUGGAGCUUGACGGAAAAAAGAUGACCCCAAAAGUCACUAGACUGACCACCCAGCUGUACAAGAAUUAAUUGUAUAAUUGCAUAAUUGUUAAAUUUUAUUGUGUUUUUACAGCCAAGACUUUAGAACCUUUUAAUAAAAAGGUUGCACUAACAAGGCUGCAUUUUCACUGCAGCAUUUACAAAUGUGGCUGCCCAAGUUCGAUGGCUACCAGGUACAAAGGUUAAAGUAGGCCAAGUGUUACAAGUAUUUCUGCUGUCAAUCUUCAUACAUUUGAAGCAAAUGUUCAAUGUUGUGAGUUUAUAGAACAAUAAAUGUGUUCUAAUGGAAAA